AUGGCGCCGUGGAUGAGCGUUGCCAGCGUCAUGGCGAAAAAUGAGCCUCCAAAGAAUUCCUCAAAAGUUGAUGCGGUAUCGAAUGCCCUCGCCACCACACCUGAUUCAGAGAACAAUCUCAUCACGCCAGUAUACGUGCCGGAAGAUCCCCAUGCAGUCCUCAAACACAGCCACCCUGCCAUGCGCCUACUCGACAACUCCUCACUUAUCGUGCAACGCCAGCUCGAGAUGAUGAACGUACUCAUGGGUUUCGAACAGGCGAACCGCUACGUUAUCAUGGAUCCACACGGCAACCACAUCGGAUACCUGGCCGAGCAGGAGCAUGGCAUAGGUAACACAGUCGCAAGGCAAAUGUUCAAAACCCAUCGGAGCUUCACCACGCAUGUCUUCGAUCGUGAUGAGAAGGAAAUACUCAGAUUUCACCGACCGUUUAGCUGGAUCAGUUCGAGAAUACGGGUUUAUGAUGCUAUAGGACGGGACGGCGCAACAUAUACGAGCUCGAAUAGUUUGCAAGGUACCAGCGCAGCAAGCAUCGUGAACCAAACGAGUGCAAAUGUUUCAAGCUUGCCGUUGCAGGAUAUGAGGAUCAUAGGAGCUGCGGAACAAGAAUGGGCGCCACUAAGGAGGAAAUACAACCUGUUUGUGGCGCGAAGUCUAGACGACGACCCGGCUGCACUAGGGACACCGCAAAUAACGUCUGGCGACCUACCUAUCUCGAAUUCGAAAGAAGUCGCAGUGGUGGAGAAUGACACACGAGAAGUCGGCAUGCUUCAGUUUGCUAGGGUCGAUGAACCUUUUCUGUCUUGGGACUUUAGCUUGAUGACCGAGGACGGACGCUUGGCAGGCUCUGUUAAUCGCAACUUUGGCGGCUUCGCUCGGGAAAUUUUCACAGAUACUGGAGUAUAUGCACUUCGAAUGGAUGCUGCUGGGUUAGCAAACGAACCCGCACAUCUUAUCUCGAAGACUGGGGAACAAAGCAGGCCAUCAUUAGAUCAACACCCAGGUAUGACGCUCGAUCAACGAGCGGUCAUGCUUGCUACAGCAGUCAGCAUCGAUUUCGAUUACUUCAGCCGGCAUAGUGGCUCAGGCGGGAUGUGGCCUAUGUGGAUGCCCUGGGUCGGCGGUAGUGGUGAAGCUGCUGGCGGUGCCGCAGCAGGAGAAGCAGGCGCUGCUGGGGCUGGGGCUGUCGGAGCGGCUAGCGAAACUGGAAUCGCCGGUGAAGUUGGUGCUGCAGCCCGAGGUCUAGGUGUGGGAGAAGGCGCUGCCACUGGUGCUGCCACAAUGGCAGGCUAUGAGGCCAUGCAAAGAGGCAGAGAAGCUGCACAGCAACGAGGAGAUGAUGCUUCACCGCAGGCUACCGACCCAUAUCAGCCAGACCCAACACAACAAUCUGGUACAAGCCAAGUUGGCGAAGAUGUCUGGGGUGAGACUCAAGAUCCUGGGUUUGGAUCCAGAGGCCAGGAUCAAGACUUCUGGGGUAGCCAGGGCGGUCAAGGUGGUAGCGAUGCUGGUGGCGGGGACGAAGGAGGGUUCAGUUGGACCGACAUUUUCGGAGACGGAGAAUAGAAACUAAUUGAGUGUGUCAUUGUUUAGCAAUAUUUACAUGUAACAUAAAUUUCACCGCUGACAAAAAGAUUGAGUAUGGGCG